AUGUUUUUNUUAAUAAGAAAAUAUUUGAUAUCAAUAAUCUAAAGAAAUAAGAAUAAUAAUUAUUAGGAGAAAUCUCUUUGUAUUAUAUAGAGCUUAAUUUAGGGCAAAAUAGAAAGAAUAAUAAUUGAAUAACAGAUUCUGUAAUGUUGUUCUUUCUACUGAUAAUAGCAUUAUGUUACCAACAAUCUAGAAGACAAAUAGUAGAAUGAGUUAAAAAUCUAAUUAUAAAUAAAGACUUGUAUUGGGAAGUCAUUCUGUUUAAAGAUCUGAUAAAUUUUUAGAUAGAUUAUAAAGAAGUGAUACAAAAAAUAAUGAUAAUUCUUUUAUAGAUUAUGAUGAGAAUAGAAGAUUAAGAAUUGAAUAAAGAAAGAGUUCAUAAUCAAUAGAUUAAUUAAAUAUUGGUUGUUAGACAAGUUUUAUAAUGACUGAUGAUAAAAAAUAAGAAAGUGUUUAAUAUUCAGAAAACUUUGAUUCAUAUUGCAGUAAUUAUUAGGAAGAAUCUUCUGAUAAUCAAUAAAAAAAUAAAUCAAAAUAAAAAAGUAAAAAAUGA